GUGCCGCAUGCCCAGCCUGCUGCCUAUAUAAACCACACUGACACUUUAGUAAUCCAGUCUGAUCGCUGAUCGUUUGGCAAGAAGUGGACUUUAAAGAAGCUAGAAAUCGACACAAUCAAAGCCUCUCGCUUCACUCAACGCCGGCAAAAUGAAAGCAAUAAGCCCCGUGCGGUCCUUCCGGAAAAACAACGCGAAUCUAUCGGAGCACUCCUUAGGAAUCUCCCGGAGCAAGACCCCGGUGGAUGACCCGCUCAGCCUGCUGUACAACAUGAACGACUGCUACUCCAAGCUGAAGGAGCUGGUGCCCAGCAUCCCCCAGAACAAGAACGUCAGCAAGAUGGAAAUCCUGCAGCAUGUCAUCGACUACAUCCUGGACCUGCAGAUCGCGCUGGACUCCAGUGUCGCACUAACCAGCCUGCAUCACCCCGCGCGACCGGGGCAGGCUCCGUCCAGGACCCCCCUGACCACCCUCAACACAGAUAUCAGCAUCUUGUCAUUACAGUCUCCGGAGUUGCCAUCAGAGCUGAUGACAGAUGACAGCCGGACUCUGCAUCGUUAAAGCGGUGUUUGGUCAAGACGCGAAAACACACAGGACCUGGGGAGCAGGACUUUCCCCCUCCAACCUCUCUCCACCAGGCCUGGAUCUUUUUUUUCACCCUUUUGACGCUGAAAUCAAGAGACUUUUGCUUAUUAUGGGACAAUCUUAUGUGAUGUGCUUUCUGUCUGGACACUUCAUUAUUAUUUAACUUAAGAAUUUUUAUUUGUUGGUCCUUUCUGGAAAUGGAAGGCGCGUUAUAUCCCCGACAGUGGGAGGAAAGACGAGAUUAUUGUCACAAGGAUUUAUUUCCCCCCACACCCCUGUCCCUGUUUUUUUUUUCUUGUCGAAGUCUUCGCUUUUUUUGCGGAGGUGGGAACGUGAAUAGAAAGACAACUUGGUUAGUUACUGUAAAAAGUUUAGUCUUGUCUUGUCAGAGUUGUUGGCACAUGAAGGACUGGACGUUGUUUAAAAAAAUAUUAUGAUGAAAGAAUGAAACCGUGUGAACUUCUAUCGGGAGUUUAUCUUGUAUAGUUGCAGGAAUUUCAAACUUCUGCAAAAGUGUAAUGUUGUACUUAAUUAUGCCGAAACUUUUUAUAAAAGUAAUGUAAAUUGUACCUUUUUUAUACAAAAAUAAAUCAAAAACGCAA